GGGCAUAUAUAGCUGAGAUCAUCUCCUUCUAGGGUUUGUCCAUCGAGGAGGAGAGCGGCUGCAGCACAUCAUCAUCAGCCAUGGUUCUGAAGACGGAGCUUUGUCGUUUCAGCGGCGCAAAGAUAUACCCUGGGAAAGGGAUCAGAUUCGUCCGAUCAGAUUCCCAGGUUUUCCUUUUUGCCAACUCCAAAUGCAAGAGGUACUUCCACAACCGCUUGAAGCCCUCGAAGCUUACAUGGACAGCCAUGUACCGGAAGCAGCACAAAAAGGAUAUUUCCCAAGAAGCUGUUAAGAAGAGGAGACGCGCCACCAAGAAGCCAUACUCCCGGUCUAUUGUCGGCGCAACCUUGGAGGUCAUCCAAAAGCGCAGGACUGAGAAGCCUGAAGUUCGUGAUGCUGCCAGAGAAGCUGCUCUCCGUGAAAUAAAGGAGAGGAUCAAGAAGUCAAAGGAUGAGAAGAAGGCGAAGAAGGCUGAAGUGAUGUCGAAGCAGCAGAAGUCACAGGGUAAGGGUAAUGUUUCAAAGGGUGCCGCACCAAAGGGUCCCAAGCUUGGAGGUGGCGGUGGAAAGCGCUGAAGUUCACGUUUUAUUUUUCUCUCGUCUCCCUAUUGGGUAGUAAUGGUAGUGAAGUUCCCAGUUGGAAGGUUUUGCUAAAUGAUGAGAUGUUACUUUUUGUCUGGAUUUGAUUUGGCAGAGUUCUCUUAUAUAUCAUUCGACCCUGGAAUGUUAAUGUCAUUUGACCUUUUAUUCUC